AUGACAAGAGCCCCACGACUAUUUCUUAUACUUCUUCUGACGGAAAAACGGAAUCUCGAGCACCAAUUGAAAUACUGCAAAGAUGAAAAUCUUGACGACUCCUCUCUACCCAUCAAAUUCAACGACGAUGGAGAUGGUGAGAGCCUGCAGGGACCAUGUAAAGCUCGACGAUAUACGUGGCUUCGAACAUUUACACGAAACCGACGGAACCUCUUUCUCGGCCAUCAAUGGAGCUUGACCAUGCCUGUUUUUGGGACCAAGGAAAAGUUUCGCUUUGAGUUGGCUCCACUACAACCCUUACCGUUCCUGGAAGAGGCUUCGGGACCAGAGGCUAAUGGUUUCUUUGGCGAAGUGUCGCGGGCGGUGAUCCACGCAAGUCACAUUGUGGGCCACCCAGAACUUCCAAAAAUCCAAUGGAAAUCAAAGAAAUUGAAUCGGCAAGUCGAAAUUCCGGCGUACGAGAUUGCAAUCAAGAGGUUGAAGAAAAGUGAACAAGUGCCUGAGAUACAAUGGGAGCAACUGGUCAACAAGGAGAGAGAAAACUUGAACCGAGCACGAGAACUGGAAUCACCCCAUCUGAUCAAGCCUAUUGCCGCGUAUGAGCGCAAGCCAGAUCGUUGUUUCAUCUUUCGCUGGGCUGACGGCGGUAAUCUUGGCGAUUAUUGGGAAAAACAUGAAGCGGAGGCUCUUCAGCGAGAAAGUGUACUGUGGUUGCUUGGACAGUUCGUCGGGAUUUGCUCGGCUUUGCAAGUUCUUCAUGACCGGAAUGUACGACAUGGAGAUCUGAAACCAGAGAACAUGCUUCUAUUUAAGCGCGGAUAUAACAGAGGAUGCCUACAAAUAGCGGAUCUUGGUCUCACUACCUUUUACGAGAAAGGAGAGCACACGAACGUACGCGCAGGUAAGCACACGAACACGCCAUCAGGUACUAGACGUUACAAACCUCCAGAGGUCGAAGAGCAGCGUGGCGAAGGACAACCUCGCUCCCGUCAAUAUGACGUCUGGAGUUUUGGCUGUAUUCUACUUGAGCUUCUCGUGUGGCUUGUCUGCGACUAUAGCGCCCUCGAGCAGUUCAGGAAGGGAACCUCUGGAUACUUUUGGCGGGAACCGAAGGCGGAUGGUAAACCUUACGAAGUCCACAAGUACGCUGUUUUGGUUAUGGAAUGGUUGGACCAACAGUUGGAAGCUGGCUCAGCCUACAAAGAUAUACUCAGGCUUAUACGGGGAAAGUUACUCAUCGUUCCCGUGUCUUCAGACUACGAGAAAGCGAGUGUAAAAGGAUACCGUCAUAAAGCCAGUGAGAUUCAUCCGAUCUUACAAGAUAUCUACGGGUGGAGUCAGCAUCGCGAGGGGUAUCUCAAGAUGUCGAAAUUGACAUAUCCUUCUUUUGCCCAAGCUAAGGAAAGUGCUAAGAUCGGAGGAAAUCUUGCGCCACCAGAACAAAGAGACCUUCCGAAACCAAUUCCCGAACGGAGACUAGCCCCAACCCCGGACGACGAAUUCCCCGCUGAGCAGCCUCUCGAAAAUCUGACCGAUUUUAUUCCACAGCAAUCAAGCAGGCUUAAUGACGACUGGACUUCAGUUUCAGACAAUGAAUUUGCUGCCGAUUUCUUCGGAAAAGUUGGGUGGGAUCUGGCGAGACUCAUACCACGUGCGGUUACCACGAGGUUGUGUGGUUCGUGCAAUUCUAGCAACUCACAGCCCAUAUUCGAAAAGUUCUCCGAGGUUGCAGUUUUGCAAGCAAGAGCUCAACAUUGUGAUUUAUGCAGCCUUCUACAAGACGCAUUGGAAUAUAAAGGCAUCAAGGCACCAAUGACUAUUGAAUUACGUCAGGAUGCUGCCCAUGUGGGACUCAAAGGUGGUCCCAAUCUUUUGUCCCUUUAUUGUGAGCCAGGUAAAAUUCCAGACGGCGCACAAUUCGGCUUGCCAAUCUUGUUCGGCCAAGCUUCUCCCGAGUUUUUCGCUCUCCUUAAGGAAUGGGUCCGUGUGUGCGACUCGGACCAUGAGACCUGCCAUCGCAAAGAGAAAGAUACACAGAGUAAGCCAACACGGCUAAUUGAGAUAGGUCAACAUUUACGUCUUGUAGAGACGGCAAACAUUCGCUCUUGCCAAUAUGUCGCGCUCAGUCACUGCUGGGGACCUUUGGGAGAGAACGAAAAAUUUUGCACAUACAAGCGUAACAUCGAACAGCUGAAGGCGGGCAUCGAUUUCGAGGCUCUGCCACCUACCUUUCAGGACGCUGUCACAGCGGCUCGAGGUUUGGGGAUUGACUAUAUUUGGAUUGACUCUUUAUGCAUCAUCCAAGAUGAUGACGAUGACUGGCAAUGUGAGUCAGCUAAGAUGGAGCUCGUGUUUAGCAUGGCGUACUGCACCAUUGGCGCAAGUUCGGCAGAAUCUUCGCUAGAUGGCUUUUUGCAUGAGCGAACACCGCGAACUGUCAUCAAGUUACCUGCAACGAGCGCCCAAGCCACUUACGCCUGUGUCGAUAUCGAUGACUUUCACACCGAUGUAGAACUCAGCGCGCUCAACAGCCGGGGCUGGGUGCUGCAGGAAAGAGCAUUGUCUCGCCGGACCAUAUUCUUCACUUCGACGCAGGUCUAUUGGGAAUGCGGAGCCGGAAUUCAUUGUGAGACGCUCACUCGCCUUGAAAAUUCUAAAGUUGCUCUUCUGGGUGACGCAAACUUCCCGAAAGCCGCUGUCUAUCAUUACCGGGAUGGCAGGCAACUGCUUAUCCAGGAUCUCUACGAAAGAUACUCGGGUCUGGCAUUUACUAAGCCUGCAGACCGGUCAGUUGCCAUUCUGGGCCUGCAAGAAAGACUCGCCCGCACUUUCAAGACCAGAGCUGCCUAUGGCCUUUUUGAAGAAUAUUUCGCCCGAGGGCUACUCUGGAAACGUCGCGACAUAACACGCAUGAAGCGCAUUGAUCAGCCGCUCGGUCGUCGCGUACCUUCAUGGUCGUCUCUCUCGAUAGAGGGGGGCAUCCAAUACAUGGACGCCACGACUGAAUUGAGAUUCAAACAAAUUGAUUGGGCAGUAGAUGAUUUCAAGAACCCUUUCUCGGUGGUUGGUGGUAUUGAGUCCGCUUCGUUUUUGGGCUUCGCAAGGAGGAUCAACCUGUCCAAGUACGAUAUGCUGGUUACUAUUGCGUUCGACGACAACGAAGAGUUCGCCGUCGAAGAGCUGAGGUGCGUAGUCAUUGGAAGGGACAAGAUGGGAGACGGUAAAUCCGACCUGAAGCGCCACGUACUAGUUAUCCAUCAAAGCCGUAACGCGUUAAGGGAUCUUGUUUACGAAAGAGUUGGAGUGGCAUCACUUGAGCCAGCAGUGAUCGAAAAUGAAGGUUCUUGGGUAAAUAUCUGCUGA